AUGAAGUGCUUUGAAGGUGACGAGGAGAAUCUUGUAUUGAAUACGGAAGCGAACAGCUUUCCCACUGCAGUUAUUGUGUUUAGGUACCUGGUUAAUUCCUCACCUGUUCUCACCUGUGCAGUGCUGCUGGUGGUGUUGUGUCUCAGACAUUCACACGACAUGGAGUCCUGCAGGGUUCCUCACCAGGUCCUGCUUUUAUUCAUCCUCACGUUCAUCACAGUACCUGUAUCAGCUGUCACUACUGUACAGGUGAAGUUUAAUCAGGCUGCUGAUCUGCCCUGUGAACGGAAAUGUUCUCGUGAGGCCAAAUGGACUCUGUCCAGUAACCGAGAUGAUGCAGUGGCUCGGUGUGAUCAGACAUCCUGCUGGUCAGUAAAGGAGGGAUUUAAAAUGUCCCAUGAUCAGUACCUGAAGGGAGAUCUCACCCUCACCAUCACUGCAGCUGAUUACAGUAUGAGGGGUUUAUACACGUGUGAGUGUGAUGGCACAGACAUUAAUGAUCUGCGUCUCAGCAUUGAGACCAUGGCAUCAUCAGUUCAGAUAAUCCCUGGUGAAGAUCUGCAGCUGGAUUUGCACGUAUCAGAGCGAGUGGAGGUGAUCUAUAAGGGUGAAGAUUCAGCAGAUCCACAUGGUGAACAGAUCUGCACCGUGGAUAGAAGCUCACUACACUGUACAGCUGAAUACACACCGAGAACAUCACUCACUAACACAGUUCUUACACUGAGAGGAGUAAAGCUGACUGAUGGGGGAAUUUACAUCGUCCGAGACACGGAGAAUAAUGAAUAUCUUCAUAUUUACUCAGUAUCAGUGAGAGGUACGUAUUCAGUGUGAUUGGUGUCCGUGUGGAAACUUCAACAUUUAGCAGAAUAAACUGAAUUUUGGGAAACACUGAGUACAGUUUUAUGUUUGCGACAGUGUGAUAACGGCAAACAGUCUGAUUUUGGCAUCUGAUGAUGGCUUUAAUUUAAUAUAAGAUCACAUGACCAUUUAGCUACUAGUUAAAAUCAGAAAAUGUUUUAAAUACCAAACAAUAACUUAUAAAUAUUAAUCCAUAUAAAUGUCACUGAUUAUAUAAAUAUAAAUAUAAUUCCAAAACAAUAACACACAAAUAAUGGCUUUAGAAUAAAGUCAGUAAAGCUAACAGUGUGUAUGUGUGUGUGUGUGUGUGUGUGUGUGUGAGACAGAUGAGCUACCAUGGUGGGCAAUUAUCCUGACAGUGGCAGGGCUGCUGCUUGUUGUUGUCCUGCUUGUGAUGAUCCUGGUGUAUCAGAGGAAACGGCAUCCGAGCUCCUGAGAACUUUACACAGAAGAGUGUAGCAACAGCAGGAGAACAGAUCUUAAAUGGCAACACAGCAAUGAUCAACUCAGGCACAAAGGAUAAUAGGAUAAACAACAAACAGACUUUUAUAAUCAGGAACCGUAACGAGCUCUGAAGUGACAACGCAAAAUAUCACGGGUCAGAUUGAAGUUUAUUGGUAAGGAACAUCAAAAACCCUGCUUUCGCUUGGAGAUCACGAGUUUAAGUCCCCACAAUGCCACAGCGGUUCGUGGCCGUGAGUACAAGAGGGCUAAACUGGCUGUGCUCUCUGGGUGGGAGGGGCAUACUCUCUCUCCCCUGUCAAUCACAGUGACACUAGCCUAUUGUAGCGCUUUCCUCCGAGUUUGAUUCUGCUCCUGGGAUCCUGUGUGGAGUUUCACUAUAUUUAUCCUAAAUUUCCCCUUUGGGAUGAAAAACGAAUGUCUACCUAUCUAUCUAUCUAUCUAUCUAAUUAUAUAUCUGUCCAUUCAUCCCUCCAUCCAUCCAUUUAUCUAUCUAUCUACAUAUCUUUCUAUCUAUAUAUCUGUCCAUUCAUCCCUCUAUCUAUCCAGCUAUCUAUCGAGUCUGAUGUUUGUCAGUGCAAGAAAACAAGUGCUGCAGGUUAAAGGCGUCUCCUUCACUGGUUGCUAAGGGACACAGUUUCCCUAGUAACGUAGACUUUUUUUAAAAUCUAAAUUUAAAAUUAUUGUCUUUAAUUUACCUGCUGCUGAGGUCUUUAUACACUGAGGAGAGACAUGUAGCUACUGUAAAUGGCAAUAAAGCCAACUGUUAAAGUGUUAUUUAAUUUAAUUAAAUAAAUAACAAAUAAUAAGCCAUAAAGAAAGAGAAUAUUUAUAUGGAACAAGAAGUGAUGAAGAAGUGAUAUUAAUAUCUGAAAGGAAUAAACUGUAAGACUGGCAGCUGAAGUCACUGGAGUCUGAACCACACAGAUCAUUACACAUCAGGAGUAAGGGUACCGACGCGCACCACGCAGGACUAUACAGGAGUAACGGUACUGACGCGCACCACACGGGACUAUACGGGAGUAAGGGUACCGACGCGCACCACGCGGGACUAUACGGGAGUAAGGGUACGGACGCGCACCACGCAAGACUAUACAGGAGUAACGGUACCGACGCUCACCACGCGGGACUAUACAGGAGUAACGGUACCGACGCGCACCACGCGGGACUAUACAGGAGUAACGGUACCGACGCGCACCACGCGGGACUAUACGGGAGUAACGGUAUACAAUGUACACUAUACACUAUACAGAGACUGCUUCAGGUGGAAGAUUGCUUCAGGUGUCAUCAUGCAGGUGCGCGUUUGCAAAGUUUUAUAAACCUGAUUUUAUUUUUGCGUGCAUGCAGUUUUCUGGGCUUUGUGCAUAUGCACACUUUCACCCUGGCAUCCACACAAAGUUUUAGAAAUGAGGCCCCAGAUCCUGUAAAUUUAUGAUUGACAUCAUUAAAGGAACCAAUAAUCUGCAAA